AUGGAUCGCGAUGAAACUCUCAAAGACAUUGAACGUUCAAUCUGUGGAGUCCAGGCCCAAGAGGUAUCACUCUUGGAAAAGGCGGAGCAGCAGAAGAUGGUGGGGGAGGUGAAACCAGGGCUUCGACAAAUGCUGGAAAGUUGUCAGCCUCUAAUCAAGGAUCUCUUACGACAGAAGAACCUAGUGGAAAAGAUGCCGAUCAUCCUCGGAAAGGUACUAGUAACGUCGGGCGCGUCGUUGCUUGGGAAUGCCCUAAUGGAUUGGGCGUUUGUUGAGGUUUCCAGUGAAAUCGAGAAGCAAUUUUUCCACCCGAAUGAAAUGUUCGAAAUCCCGGCCAAAAUCAGGCCACAUCUUUUCAAAGAGAUGCAACGUAACAUCACACUACCAGCUGGGUUUAAGCUCGAUACCCUUGGUUCCUUAGAAUCAGGGGAGUAUUGUGUCAAGAUCGGUCGUACCACCGAGGUUACAUCCGGAAUAUGUCACGGAGCCAGAGCACUUUGUAUUUGGGAGGAUAUUAUAGUGCGGUUCACCCACGAGGGUGAGGAAGUAUCAAUGAAGAACAAGCCGAGCCAAGAAUACCUCAUCAUCAAUAAGAAGCUGGACGCCAGGGAUUUCGAGGAGGAGUGUUUUGCUAAGAGUGGUGAUUCUGGUUCGUUCAUUUUGAACGAAAUGGGAGACUUGACAGGCAUAUUAUUUGGUGGUAUCAAGCGCCAGUGGGCUUUUGGGGGUAUCGCUAUGAGUAUGGCUGAUGUCAUUGUCUCGAUGAGGCUCAAGCUUGGAGCCUCGGUUUCUCUGUGGCUGCCACAGUAG